CGGCCCCUCACCGCCGGCCUCUUCUGAGAGACGGAGGGGCAGAGGCUCCUUCGGCGCCGCCCCGGACGUGUCGUGGGGAUGGCGGCGCUGGGGCCUGGCGGCCGCUGUGCCCCGGCGCUGCCGCUGCUGCUUGGCCUGGCCGCGCUCGCCCUCCCGCCGUCGCUCGCCGCCGCCUCCGAGCCGCCGCCCGCCGCCCUCCGCGCUGGCCACGCCGCCUCCUCGCUGCCCGCCGCCGCUGCCGCCUCGCGCACCAGAUACCUUUUGUAUGAUGUAAACCCCCCUGAAGGGUUCAACCUUCGCAGAGAUGUCUACGUUCGCAUUGCUUCCCUUCUAAAGACCCUGCGGAAAAGUGAAAACUGGGUGUUGGUUCUGCCUCCCUGGGGACGUCUUUAUCACUGGCAGAGCCCUGAUAUCCUCCAGGUUCGGAUCGCUUGGUCCGAGUUCUUUGAUAUCCCAAGUCUCAACAAGAACAUCCCUGUCAUCGAAUAUGAGCAGUUCCUUGCAGAGUCAGGUGGGCCCUUUAUUGAACAGGUUUAUGUGCUACAAGGCUACGCAGAAGGAUGGAAAGAAGGAACAUGGGAAGAAAAAAUAGAUGAAAAACCAUGCAUUGAUCAGCUGAUGUACUCCAGAGACAAACAUGGCUACUACAGGGGCUGGUUCUGGGGUUAUGAGGAAACACGAGGCCUAAAUGCCUCUUGCUUGUCUGUCCAAGGAUCUGCCUCUAUUGUGGCUCCCAUCCUUCUGAAGAACACUUCAGCACAGUCAGUGAUGUUAGACAGAGCUGAAAACCUUCUUCAUGACCACUACGGAGGGAAAGAUUAUUGGAAUACCCGUCGGAGCAUGGUGUUUGCUAAACACCUCCGUGUGGUGGGAGACAAGUUUAGAAAGAAAUACCUUCAAUCCACUGAUGAGGCAGACAGGACUCAGUACAAGGAGGACUGGACACAGAUGAGGGUUAAGACAGGCACAGCUCUAGGUGGCCCAUACCUUGGGGUUCAUCUCAGAAGGAGAGACUUCGUUUGGGGUCACAGAGAAGACGUGCCUUCCCUGCAAGGAGCAGUAAAGAAAAUCCAUAGCCUAUUGGAGUCGCUUAAACUUGAAAGAGUUUUUGUAGCCACUGAUGCUGUUGAGGAAGAGAUUGAAUUGCUCAAGAAACUGCUGCCUGAGAUGGUGAGGUUUGAACCCUCUCUGAAGGAACUGAAACUCUAUAAGGAUGGGGGCUUAGCUGUGAUUGACCAGUGGAUUUGCGCACAUGCAAGAUAUUUUAUAGGCACCUCAGUUUCAACAUUUUCCUUCCGAAUCCAUGAGGAAAGGGAGAUCUUGGGAUUUGAUCCAAAAACAACUUACAACCGAUUUUGUGGUGAAACAGAGAAAAACUCACGCAAAGGCAACAGAGGGAAUCCUGGAGGAAGUGGAAAAUGCUGUCACUCCAUUGAUGGAACUCCUGGGACACUGAAGGCAGCAGAAGCCGUAAGAACAAAGUUGGAACCAGACUCCAGCUGGGUAAGGCAGACACUGUUGGGGAGGAUGAAACAGCAAAACCUUAUAAAUAUGAUUGCCUGGCAAAAGAUUUUGAGAAUAUAGAAACUACAAGUGAGAUUGAAAUGAAAGCAAGUUUUGAGAUCCCUUAGUUACUGAACAACUGGAAAACAAUGGUGUGGCCAGCUGAAGGUAAUCCCCUCUUGAUGAAACAAGACCCUCUGCUUGCAGACAGCUCCAAGGGUCAGAGCAGACCCUGCCAGCUUGGCAGAAGGGGUCCAAAGAGGAGUUUUUAGGGUUUAAAAUGUAACACAGUAUGGUGAUGUAGUGAUUCUUAUAGGCUGGAUGGAAAUGCUAUAGGAUUUGUAUGUUGGACUAGAUUGGUUAGUGAGCAUCAGAAUAUUCAACACAGAAGAUGAUUCAUUGUAUUGUAACGGGAACUUUGCUCACUUCUUCUUCCCUUUCUUACUCACUUCUUACUUUCUCACUCACUCACCUACUUACUUUCCAUUUACCCUCUUAUGCUUUUACGUUCUUACUUCUCAUCCUCUGUACCCCUCUCUUCUCUCGGGCCUGCUCUGAGCUGCGGCUGGCAGCUCCCAGCAGGGCCCUGCACCACGCCCUUUGCAAUAAACCAAUAGUUCCACGACCUGGCUGCAGAGAUCUCUCUCGUCUCCAUCCAUCCCGACUGUGUGUGACCCCCGGCACUCCUACAAGACACCAAAUCCUUUGGAAUUAGAACUGGGCAGGGGUGAGAAGAAUUAAUAGCUAAAUUUGUACCCCCAUGGAUUCCUGAGCAGGAUCCCAGCAGGGAAGACUGGAGGGAUACUCCACAAGAAAGUCCAAACUGGGAACUGUUCCCAGAUGGGAGCAGCAAGCCUUGGAAUUGCCUGAAGGGAAGAAAGAGGGAUCCUUUGAGCUCAAGAAUCAGCUGUUGAACGUGGUGAUGUUAUCAGAUGAUUCCUCAGGAAUGUUUAGUUCCCAAGCCAAGUCAAUCUGCUGCCUUGUGAAGCUCAGAAAUCUUGGAAGAACCCAACUAAUGUAGGGAAUGGACUGGCAGAUAAGACUGCUGGGGAAUGGUAGGGAAAUCAUCCUAACAGAGGGCCUCCUUUUGUACUGGAAUGGUGCAAAAAUUAUCCAAAAGAACAGGAGUCAAAUGGGAUUUACAGAUUCCUUGGAGACCACAAUCCAGUGGGAAGGCUGAGAAAAGGGAACAAAGCCUGCAAAUGAGCCAAAUCUGCGGAACACCUCAAAUGACUAGAAACACUGUUUCUAGAAUGCACCCAUGUAAUUCCUUAAAGAUAUGGCUCAGUUAGGAGCAAUACCAAUAAAGCCCACAGAUGAAAA